AUGUAUGAUAAAGAACCAACAGUAGUUGAAAUUCAGCAAAUUAUAGCCGAACCUUCUGGUUCAUCAGGUUCUUCAAAUCAAACCCUCAAAGAAUAUGUAGUUAAUACAGUUGAUAAUACUGAAUAUCUCACCGUACCUCAAAUUCGCCCUCGAAAAGAUGAUGGUGCAGCAACAACUUUUAAUAGGUUAUCAGAUCGAUAUACCUUUUCAUUUUCUGCAGAUUUAAUUUCACAGUUUGAUAAGUAUCGUGCGCAAAUGCGUGAAAGUAUACGUCAGGAAUUAGAAGAUAGACAAGAAAUGGAUGAACUGCAAACACAAAAAUCAGAAACCUUUGAAACUUUAGAAACCGCAAUAAAUGAUGACGAAGGAACAUUUAGUGUUCACCAAGUACAUCAUUCCGGUUCAAAUAUGUAUUCACAAGGCUCAACGAGCCGAGAUAUUGAUAGUGCUCCAAAAUCAUGUUUACCAAAAUCAAACGGAAGAAAACCAUUAAUAUUCUCUUUCUUACGAGGGAAAACAAAACCACGACGACAUAUUACAUCUUCAAAUUUGGAUAAUCAAUCUAUAUCAGGAAUUGGAACAUCUGUAAUUGAUAAUGAGGAAAUUACAAUGUCAAAUGAAUCAGAUUUACGACAAUCUUCACAUCAAGAAAAAACUAGUUUAUCUAAAAGAUUCAUAAGAAAGAUAAAGAAAAUCGUUACUUGCUCAUAA